GAUGAAGAGAAGAAAAAGGAUGGGAGAUGUGACGGGAAGAAGAGGUUUAUAUAACAAGUUGGAAGCACCCUAUCGAGGCGCCCUCCCGUCAAGACGGAAGGCAGCUACUGCCUAGCUACUGCCUCUUUGCGGCGUGGUGCCUUCCUGCCUUGCGGAAGUUGCCCCGCUGACAGUUUGAGUUCGAUCAUUCCCGUAAAAGUGGCAUCCACCUCACGGUUGGGAAAGAACAAGAGGAAGAGAGUACCUCACGCUCUAGCACAACAUGGGAAGGUACCUCGCGGGCUGCCCCUCCGUCACGUCUGCUUCUGCCCCUCCCCCUCGUUUGAUCCCUUCCCGAAUGCAAUACUUUGGGCCGUGCCUAUCGGGCUUGUCUCUCCCUGCGCGUGUCUUGCCCCUACUCCCGGGCUUGUCUAUUCAUGGCUAGAGCGCAGUUUCACCCCAUCUGGCAAAGACGCUCAGGGUCUAUCAUGUGAACUGAAGAAAUGUCGUCAUAGACUGUGACUUUCUUCGCAGUUACUCCAGUUAGUGGGAGCUGGAGAUGGAUCGUAUGGCCAAUGCCCAGGAGCCAACGGGAGAUCUCUAUCGAAAAUGACCAAGAGGCAAAAGGUGGCCCAGGUGGUUCCCAGAGGCUCCAUGCGGAGCUUGUCUGUUUGGGUGCAUUCUCACC